AUGAUCAAUGCCAGAACCAAAAUACGACCUAUACUACGGCAUUGCAGAACUUACACAACAGUUGAUCACACUAAAAUUUUUCAGGAAACCAUAAGGUCGAAGUCUAUAUCUCAAGCUUAUUCAUACGUUAUUCGAAACCAUUUACAUAUUGAUCAAAAAUCACUUAUAUCGUUCACGUAUAACCUUUUACAAACCAAUGUUCAAGCUGCGAUUUCUUUACAGCAUGUUUUAGCGCAGAACGAAAAAUAUCAAAUACCUAAUGAAAUUUGGUCGACUAUUAUUGAAAAAGUAUGUUCCGAAUCAAAUUAUAUUGGAGCUAUGUUCAUUUAUCAUGAAAUUAUAGACAAUUAUAGGUUCUAUGAAGAAAUUUCACUUGGAGUACAAGAUAAUGAUCAAAUACCUUUUUUAGUGGAUUGUGAGAGAUUGAUACAAUUAGGUACAAUUUUUUUUGAAAAUAAUGAUCCUCAAAGAUUGGAUGGUUUAAUUCGAUAUUUUAGAAGAUUUUAUUCCUUCUGGAUGAAUCAAAAAACUUAUCAAAAGCUAUUAAUAUUGACAAUUGAAACUUUUUCAAAAUUAAAUGAUUUUCAAAAUUCUUUAAAAAGUUUUGUAAAUUUAGCUUAUGCAUCACAAGGACCAACUCGAUAUUUUCCCAAACCCUUAAAAAUUCAAAAUAAAAAAUUCAACAAAUUUGUUACAGAAAACAUUGAAUCAAAUCAAUAUAAAAAUAAUUUAAUUGAAUCAUCUCAAUUCCCACUUGAUAUUCAUCAAUUUUUAUUAAGUAAAAUAUGUGAAACGGAUUUAUAUGAUCCAAUAAUUGAAAGAAAUAUUUAUUCAUCAAAAAAUAGACUGUCUGAUCCAAUUAUAAAAAGAUCAGUACUUUUAAAAGAUUUACCUAAUUUUUCAAAUUUAAUUUUACAAUAUAUUAAAAAUGAAAAAUUAUAUGAUUUAAAUGAAUUAUUAAAUUGGACAAAAUUAAAUCAUUAUAGUUUAAAUAUUUUUAUUAUAAAUGCUUUAUGUCAAUUAAAUUAUCAUGAAUUAGCUUUUAAUUAUUUAAAGACUUUAAGUAAUAUUGGUAAAAAUGUUGUUAGAAAUCAAAGUUUUUUAAUAAUAUUGAAUUCUUUACCUAAUAAUGACUCAGGUGAAAAAUUAAAACAAGAAAUAAUUAAAUUUUAUACUCAAUUGAGAAAUGGUCAUAUAGGUUCUAAAAUAGGAGAAUACUUGUAA